ACCCACGCACCCGUGCAUCAUCUCUUAUCCAUUCAGAAAACUCUCUGUUUGGUGGAAAUGAAUUCAGUUCCUUUCUCCAUUGGAACAUACAUUCCAACAAAGCACAACACACUCAAAUCACUGUGUAUCAAAAAUUCUCAAACAACAACUAACCCAAUUCCACAUUUUACCAAACUCAAAGAGACAGUUAGUCCAUUGCCUUGUUUGUUCACAAGAAAAGAAGCUCUUACUGCUCUUGGCUUGGGUUUUUCGGCAACUUUUCUCGAGUCGAAUAUUGAAGCAACUGCUGCAGAAGAAGCUAUAGCUACGGAAUGUGAAUUUACAGUUUCUAAUUCAGGUCUUGCUUAUUGUGAUAAAGUUGUUGGUUAUGGUCCUGAAGCUGUUAAAGGACAAUUGAUCAAGGUUCAUUUUCAUCUUUCAACUUCUCUUUGAUUUCAUUUUCUUGCU